GAAGACGAAGCAGUGCCGUACCGUGAGUUAGCCAUGUGUUUGUAGCCUCUUCAAGGGAGAGAUAAGCAUGACUCUGGAACAAGCAGGACCAAUAACAUCUGUAGAACAAUCAGCCUGAAUAUGGAGCCUUCCUCAUCAUCAGAAACAUGCAACAGUCAGAAAAGAAAGAACGUUGACCUCACAGCACAUGAGAAGGCCAAGAGAUUAAAAAGUGUGCAGGACGGUGAGGAGCUGCUGGAGUGUGAAAGUUCCUCCCGCCCACCGAGGAUCUCUGUGCUGCCCGACCACCUUCAACAACCAAUUACAGCGAACGAGCUGACGGAGCUGCUGCAUUACGCCGCUCUGGGGAGAACAGGUGGCAUUAAACAACCCAGUUGGUGCCGCCUCCUUCAUCAGAGGAGGAUUAAAGCUAUAAAUGUGGUCAUAGUGGAGGGUCUGACCCAGAGCCACUUUUACCAGCACUACCUUCCUCUGAAACACCUCCGGAAAAACUACUCCACUAGGGUCACCUUCACUCCAUCGUCUGCCAACCUGGCAUCGGCAAUCUUCAGCAAUAAACUUCCUGAAUCAGAUGUUCUAACCCUUAACCAAAGACACAAUGGAAGCAGUUUAAACAGUGGAUUGCACAGAGCACUGAGGAAUCACCCAGUAAUCACUAAGUUUGGGACACAGAGGAAAGGAUUAACAGCGUAUGUUCUCCCUCAGGAGGAGAUGAUCAGACGUCAUUUCCCUGUCAAAGGGAUGCCGGGCUAUGAGGAAUUUGUGUGCACAGAAAGUGUUGACUGUGUGACUAAGAACAGCCCUCUUUAUGGACUUGACUGUGAAAUGUGUCUGACAGAACAGGGAAAUGAGCUGGCUCGAGUUUCUCUGGUGGAUUCCGCAGGGAACUGUGUGCUUGAUGAGCUGGUGAAACCUCAGAGACAAAUCCUCAACUACCUCACCAAGUUCUCUGGUAUAACCGCAGCAAUGUUGCGACCAAUCAAAACCACUCUGAGGGAUGUUCAAGCCAAACUCAGGACGUUGUUGCCGAGUGACGCAGUCCUGGUGGGCCACUCACUAAACAAUGACCUAAUGGCUCUGAAACUGAUCCACCAGCAUGUUAUCGACACCUCGCUGAUGUACAGGAGAGAGUUUGGACAGAAGUUCAAGCUCAAGGUGCUGGCUGAGACAGUUCUGAAGAGGCAUAUACAGACUGAAGAGAAGAAGGGUCAUAAUCCCAUUGAGGAUGCUGUGGCAGCCCUGGAGCUGGCCCAGUACUUUAUUAGAACAGGACCUCUUCAGGUUGUAGAACUUCAUUUGGAGGAGCUGUGGGGAUACACGAUUGAUGAGGACUCACCUGACUGCGCUCCUGCCCCUACACCAAGUCUCAGGUUUGCUGAUAUACUGCAGACCCUUGGCCGCUCCGUAACCUAUUUAGGAAAGCGCUCUGACAUCACCCUGGCUCUGUCCAAUCAGCAGUGGCACAACUCUGACAAAGAGGUUCUGGCCUCUUUCAGGAGAAAAACAAAGUGUGCAUUCCUCUCAGUGCUUCAGUUUCCUUCAAUCUUAGACCACCUGAAAGGAUGCUUCCCGACACAGGAGCGCCAGCACCAGAAGGCGAGACAAUCUUUCAGAACAUUAUGAAUUUGAAGUGUCUUUGAGUGUUUUCUGAAAUCAUCAAUAAUGUGUGUGUUUGUCUUGCAGCUGUUUGCAAGUCUUCAAGAGAUGUGCGUAGUCUAUGCUGGCCCGUUCCCUGCAGGCAUCUCUGAGAGGGAAGUGAGGCAGCUGUUGCGUUGCUGCGGACCUGUUCGGAAAAUAAGAAUGUUGAACACAGCGUUCAGGGUUCAUGCAGAGGUGGAGUUUGAGCUGCUGGAGGGAGCUGUGUUGGCUUUAAAAACUCUGAAUGGACUUCAUACUCAAGGACAACCCAUCAAGGUCCAGAGGCCUGUUAAUGAGUCAACGCUGGAUUUGGAUCUGACUCUUGAUGUUCUGAUGGAGGACAGCAGUCACAUAUAUGCUGUGAAAUUAAAGCCUAGAAUGGCUGAGUGCAUAACAGUUUCUGAAAAAGUCAAUGGACACACGCUAGAAGCCGAAUGUUCAGGUGUUACGACGGUGGACACUUUGCCUUCAGCUGAAGUCAACGGUCAAAGUUCGCAGCCUGCAAACACAAAAUCUAAGCUGUGUGAGGAGAUAAUCAGCGAGACAUUUAAUCCCUUUGGCACCGUGGAGAGAGUUCUUCUGCCUGCCAAACCAGGAACAUUUCUGAGACAUGCAAACAUAGAGUUUGAGACUUCAGAAGGCAGACAUGCAGCUCUCAGCGCCUCUGACGAGCUACUGAAGAGAGGCUACCUAGUUUGUCCAUCGCUAACCCCGCCCCAUCUAUCCUCGUGGGUUGCCAUGGCAACGACCUGUGCGGGUACAGACAACGAGGCAGACAAAGUCAAGGACAUGACCCACAUGCGCAACAGUCCUCAGGACCAGGAAAUGGAUCUAAUGAUGGCCAGGUUGGACCGCCAUCUAAAGAAGCUCUUCAGGUCUCUCUCAGACGGCACCUUGUCGGUUGUUGUGCUUCCUGGACACAUUAGUCUGCAUGGCAGCCUUCCUGGUUUGUGUCUUAUGGAGGUAAAGCGAGCGUCUUGAGAAGAACAACCCUCGAUGGAGAAGAUUUUAUUCCUACACUUAAAAUGUGUCUUUCAGUUCAGUGCUGUCUGAGCGUGUGUGUAACUUGAAUCAAGUUAAAUAUUUGGAGAUAAAAAAUAAAUCAAAUAAUAGAAGAAAAAGAAUAGCCAGCCACAGAUGAGCAUCUCAAACAACAACAUACAUUGUCACACUAAUUGAUAAACACAAUUGAUCGGAAAAGGAUGCAGUGGGUUACUCAUUAAUGACACGACCGACCAUCUGCCAGUGUUUGCGAUCAUUCAGAGCUGAACAGAGACUGGAAAACAGCUGCCAAUUUACAGGAUAAUUAUACUUAAAAUUAAAAAGGCAAUUCAUUCACAUAAAAUCGAGCUCAUGAGCCAGCAAGGUCUCAGUGGAAGAUGUAGACGAAGCAUAUGAUGCUUUUCUGUAAAUACCAACUGCUCUUUAUGAAAAACCUUUGGACACAGUGGAAAAUUAUUUAAGAAAGUGAAGAGUUGGUUUGAUUAGAUUUGAGUAAAUUAGCAUUGAACUUAUCCAAAAACUAAAUGUAUUAUCUUCCGCAGCCGAUCCAGUGACUCAACCAUCAUGAUAAAUUAUGCAGAAAUAACAUUUAUUGAGUAGUAACAGACAAACUUGUGUUGGAAAUCACAUAUAAACAAUAUUACAUGAAAUAUAUUGAAUCGUUUUCAAUUUUAUAUAUAUCAAAGAUUUUCUAAAUCAACCGUCACAAUGCAGUUUGUGAUAUUAUGAAUGACUCGGACUUGAUUCCUUUUUUUCUUUUCUGAAAAAAGGGGGGGAUGCUAAAUUGGUUCUCUACUUCAUCCUGCACCCUUUCCCAACUGAAAUUAUUUAUAAAACAAGUUGUUACGGACAGUGCGCCGUAACUUUUUACAUGUAUAAAUCGUUUUUUAAUAAAAUCCAGUGUUUCGCGGCCGAUGGUGAUGCUCGUUUGUGUACGUACGAGCGAGCAACAGGUUACUGGUGCAGUCCCCCUAACGGCCUGCUGUAUCGCUACAAACGCAGUAUUUUUGAAAGUUAUAUAUAGCCCCUUUAAGAUGUUCAAAAUAAACAAAAAUGAAAUGAAUAAAUUACUUUCAUAAUAAAGAUGUGUUUUUU